UUGUUUCUAUUUUUGAGUUGAGUUGCUGUAAUUGAUUCUUCUGGUACUUCGUUACUUUACCAACUGAAAAUACCAAAAAAUCUUCUCUUCGGGUUUCUUGCCUGCGUUUCUCAUUGCUCCAGAUAUGCUAUUAUCUUUUAUCUGAUAAUAUCUUUUCACUGAGUUAGGGUUUUUGAAUCUGUAUCUCUGCGCGCGUGCUUGGCGUUCUGAUUGAUUGAUAUUGGGGGUUCUUCUUUCUGAACUGUUUCUCCGUGUAAUGUUCUGCCAGAAAUUUGAGUGAGUAAUGCUAGUUUCUGUGAUUCAGCUCUAAAUCGUGGAUUCUGGGCUUCUUAUCCAGUUUGGGUGAGCAUAAAGGAUUGAUCUUUAUUCAAUUAUAUCAACAAUUUUGAGGUUCCAUUGUUGUUUCAAUAUUUGGUUAUAUAUUUCUCCUGUAUAUUGUACUAUCUGUUUCUGUGGUUCAAUUCAAGUCUUUUUGGCUCCCCCUUUUGAUGGAUUUCAUGGGAGAAGAAAACUGGGGUGUUCCUGACCAGGCUCUUUGGGCUACUGAGGAUGAUUACAGUGCCUGGAACAAUGGUCCCUCUGCUGAAACCACCCCUUCAAACUCUAGCCAUGAUGGGAAGUACUGGUCUGGCAGUGAGCCUCCUAACAAGAAAUCCCGAAAUUCCCAGGGUUCAGACUCUCAUGUCAUAGUUCCUAAUAGAUCCAAAGCGAUUGGCAAGAUGUUCUUCAAGACGAAAUUGUGUUGCAAGUUCCGCGCUGGGGUCUGCCCCUAUAUAACCAAUUGUAACUUUGCUCAUGGGCUGGAAGAGCUCCGGAAGCCGCCCCCUAAUUGGCAAGAGAUUGUCACUGCACAUGAGGGCGAUCGUGGGGGAGCGCCAGUGGAAUCGAGGGAGGAACACCAGAUUCCUAUUUUGAGUUCCCCUGAUUCACGGGCCGAGUUUCAGAGGUCUUACAAAGGAAGGCACUGCAAGAAGUUCUAUACUGAAGAGGGAUGCCCGUUUGGGGAUAGUUGCACGUUCCUUCAUGAUGAACAAUCGCGGUCUAGGGAGAGUGUUGCUAUAAGCGUGACUCCUACUGCAGGCGGUUGUGGCAACAAUUCGAUAGCUGUAAACCAAAAGCCUACCAACUGGAAGACAAGAAUUUGUAAUAAGUGGGAGACUACAGGGUACUGCCCAUUUGGCAGCAAGUGCCAUUUUGCUCAUGGAGUAGCAGAGCUGCAUAAUUUUGGUGGAGGGCCAACGGAGGGUGAAGGCAAAGAUUUCGCAUCAGCUCCUUCAGAUGUAAAGCAGGGAGGAUCGUUAAAGCCAGUAGAUAAUACCAUGGUUGCCUCAGCCACAUCUGUUCCCAAUGCAGAUGUUUAUCAUUUGGGUUCGGGUGUCUCGUUGCAAAGACCUUCUAACAUAACUCAGAGGCCGGGGGAGAGGCCUAUUCAGAAAUGGAAAGGACCAAAUAGAAUAAGCAAAAUAUACGGGGACUGGAUAGAUGAUAUGGAAUAAGAGGGCAAAAACGGGCAAAACCUGAUAUUAAGCAGAGGAUGCUAAGUUCUUGAAUGCAAAAGUUCUGAGUAGAGAUGUAAUACCUUUUUGUCAGGUCCAGGCAAUGUUGUUGUUGUUGUAUGUCAAUCAUGUUUACAUACCAUAGUACAUAGAGACGACUAUGGAAAUGAAUAAUUUAUAAUAAUAUCAUUUUGUACCAUCUUAGCAGAAGACUUCCAAAUGA